CUUUGGAACAGGGAAGAACUGCAUACUAACCUCAUUGACUUUGAUUGGUGUGGAAGACACGAUGUGGACAGUUAUCCAUCAUCAAUGAAUGAGGAUAUACAAUGGCCUCAGGGGCAGAACCAUGUGCCUUACUCAAAAAAGCUCAUGAUCGUUAUUGGCUUGAUGUGUUGCGCGAAUUUUUUAGGUAUGUUCUCUUCCUCUCAUUUAAUUUUCUAUGCAUAAUAUUGACUUUAUACUUUAUGUUUCAGUCUGUCAGAUGAUGAAGUUACGGAUGAAGCACUGGCUUGAAUUUGAUUUGGGAACAUAGUAGAGUUUGGGCUACAACAUUUACAUUCACUGCUAAUUUGUUCAUUAUAUGUAGGUAUACAGUCUGUCAGAUAAGGUUGGUUGCCAUAAGUAGCGAUUAUUAUAUAUUGAAUUACAACCCUUAGCGGUUGUA